UCAGUUAUUUAUUGGACAUAUGCUAGGUGCCAAAACGCUGUUUCUGGACGCCUUCACACGGAUGGUAACCGUAGGGGCAUGUGCUAUCUUCCACAUCUCAGGUACUGGCAAACCCACUUCUCUGACUAUCCUACCUUCUCUUUCCCUCAGCCUUCACAGGUAAAUCCUCCCAAACUCCUGUGCCGUGAGCCUUCAGGCUCCGCCCCUCAUCUCACACGGCGAGGCUGGGCUCAUCACAUACUGCCUGGAUGCUUCAGAGAAGCUCAAAGGCCCCUCUGCUUCCACCUACGGUUACCUUCGCCGCCGCAGCCAGCAGCCAAGGCAAACCUUGAAAACCCAGUGGGCUGGCAAGAUAGCUCAGUGGUUUAGAAGCACCCAUUGCUCUUGCAGAGGACAGGGGUUCCGUUUCCAGACUCACAGCCAUCCCUACUCCAGUUGCAGGGGGGCUGACAGCCUCGUCUAAACUCUGCGGCCACCACGAGGAGCACUUGUUCGAACCUAACCCAGCCCCGGCUACUCCUCUCCUCUCCAUGUGACGGCUAUUCUCUUCACGUGGAGAAAUGGCGUUUCUAAGCCCCACCCUCUACCUUUUGACCCCAUUUCCUGCUGUCCCCUUCCUCACUGCCCCUCCUGUGGGCCCUCAAACACAGCAAGCCUCAGGGCCUUUGGAUUAGCUGUUCCCCCUGCCUAGAACGCACUUCUAGAUGCGGGCAUAGCGGACACCCUCAUUUCCCUUAUUUGUCCAAGUGAAGUCUACUCUAUCCGUUCUCUUUAAGCCGGCAAGCCCCCCCACCCUCAGGAGACCCAUGCUCUAUUUCCCCAAGCGAACCUUCGUGCUGUAACGCCUUUUGUCUAGCUGAUUAACUGAAGAAAAGCUAGUAAACAAUAACAAUAACAAACACCCACCUUGACGCCUCCCCAAAAAACCACCCAGCAAAACUCAGAAUGUAGAGUGUGCUUCUCUGCAUUGUGAGGUCAGGGAGGGGACCUCAGAGCUGACGGCUGAGACUUAAAUGUCAGGGAGUGGGGGUAGGGUGAGAAGGGCCAGCUGGGCUUUAGGAACUGCAAAGCAAAGGUUGAGGUGGUAACCCACAAAGCCACUUGAACACCCUUGCCUCCAAGGCUCCUGGGAAUCCCUGCCUCCUGCCUUUAGUGCUUUCCUGCAGUCUUCCCUGCAAGCCUAAGGAUGGACUUCAGGUGGGCUCCAGACCGGCACUAGCGGGUGAUAGAAGCCAUCAUAGCCAAUUUCUAGAGGCCGAGACAGGGCUAAGCCAAGAACUUUGUUGAGAACCUUGGCAGGGUUUUGCUGGUUGUGUAGGAGCUCGCCUUAGGAAGUUAGCUACCCGCUGCCUCGCUUGGCUUGGCCCUGCGGGAGGGAGACUGGCUGGGGGGCAAGGGCAAAAUAAAGGAUCACCCCGAAUUCUCCUUCGGUGGUGGGCUGGAGGCCUGUGAGUAGUAGCCUGUGGGUAGCCUGAGGUUGGGCCCGGGGUUCGAGGCCUUCCCUCACCAACACGUCCUGUGGCUCAGGAGGGUCCCCACCCUCUAGGGCCUCAGUUUCCCUCCGGUGUUCGUGCAGAAGCGACUUUGCAGCUUCCCAGGCCUGGUGGGUACUGGGCGGGGAGCGGCCGGGGCGGUAACACGAGCCUCCCCCUCCCGGGCGGGGUCUCCCAGCUCCUGCUGCCACGUUAGCGACCCGGGCGGAGGCGCGGGGUCCAGAGCGGGGAAAACCCAGGGGGCAAGGGCGACCGCAUUUCACCCAACGAGUCAGGCUCCGGCGCUGGAGUUUUCCCAUGUCCAAGUUAUAUUUUGGGGGGGUGACCCUUAAUGACCUUGGAGAUGAAAGGCAAGGAAGACUACCUCUUCACAGCUGAAGUCUGAGAGCUGCAGGGAACAUGGUCAGUAGGAGCCACAGGACUGGGCUACAGGUCUGAGCUGGGGCCUCUCCUGGAGGUGCUACCAUCUCUCUAACCCACUGUUCUUGUGGACGCCAUGAAGCUGAACAAGAGGAGUGUGGCCCACUAUGCGACGAAUGAUUCUCCAGCGGACCACACUGGCUUCCUUCGUACUUGGGGAGGACCAGGGACUCCACCCACUCCCAGUGGCACCGGCCGAAGAUGCUGGUUUGUUCUCAAGGGCAAUCUGCUCUUCUCUUUUGAGAGUAGAGAAAGCCAGACCCCGAUGAGCCUGGUGGUGUUAGAGGGCUGCACGGUGGAGCUGGCCGAGGCUCCUGUGCCUGAGGAGUUUGCCUUCGCCAUUCGCUUUGAUGCCCCUGGAGUGCGCCCACACCUGCUGGCAGCGGAUGGGCAAGUUGCCCAGGAGGCCUGGGUGAAAGCGCUGUCUCGAGCCAGCUUUGGCUACAUGCGACUUGUGGUAAGAGAACUGGAGAGCCAGUUGCAGGAUGCCCGGAGGAGCCUGGCCUUGCAUCACUGUGCAUCCCAGAAGGCUGUUGCCAGCUGCAGUAAGUCACAGGCUCCUGAUCGCCGGACUCCAGGCCCUGAGAAUGGCCACUUUCUCCUCAGGGAGCGCAACUCUGUUGGUACUGUGGAAGAAAGGGGGAGCAGGCCAGUAGGUCGGGAUGUGACUGAGUGGGAGUUACAGGGCCCUGCCAGCCUCCUCCUAAGCAGGGGACAGAGCCCCGUGUCCCCUGAGACCUCCUGUUUCUCUACUCUGCAUGACUGGUAUGGGAAGGAAAUCAUAGAGCUGAGGCAAGGGUGGCAGCAAAGGGCCAAGGGGAGCCAGCCAGAGAACAAGUAACAGAAUAGGCCCUGAGCCAGGGCCUUUUUAAACGGUGGCCCUGUCCCGCUGGCCGGGAUCCCAGGGUCAGAACUUCAGGAGUUAAAUGUUUACUCAUUUACCAGGUUGUUUUUGUUGUGUGUGUCCCCCCCUUCCUGCUCUGUAGACUUUCUCCAACCUCCACAUCCUCUCCAGGUGGCUGAUGGGAACGUAAUGUAGGAAGGGGCUGUGCUCCCUGCCCCUGCAGGACACUCUAGCCCUUAUUUCCAACACAAGAAGUCUUGGGCAUCUCUAAAGGCCACAGGUGACAGGAGUGGCUUUAAGACUGCCAUUGAAAUGGUUUGGGCAGGGAUCCCUGUAGGAGAGGGUCUUCAGGUGCCAAAGAGGGAUCUCGUCUCUCCCCCGCCACCGCCACCCUGUCAAUGUACAGCGCUGGACAUUGCCUCCAGAGAGGCAGGCAGCCUUUUACAGGAGAAUCUCUGCCUGAGCAGUUGUCAUGGCCACUCCUAGGGAUCCUGUCAUCUAUUCCGCUUGUUUCCCAAGGCUUGUCUGCCAAGAACCCUCAUGGCUACUCUCUCCUGAAUCACCUCAAGUAUCUUUUUCUUUUGUUGUAAGAGGUCAGAUGGCUGGGUCUAGAGCCAGAAGCCAGGGUGAUCUGUCCCCUUUAUAUAGGUGUAGUGAGAGUGACUGUGAGAAGAUGUAAAGAGAUACACCCUCUUCCCAAACAAAAUCUGCCUCUCCCGAUCUCCCUUCUUUCCCUAUCUGAGGCCUUGGGGCAGCCUGACCAAAACCCAUCUAGGCCUAAAGGUUGAACUUUGCCUCCAGGAGACUGACUUGUUUUUGUUAUUGUUUUAUAGGAGGACGUGGUGGGAAAGCCUGCUUUCCCUUUAUAAUCAGAACAGCAAAGUUUGCAGGGUUGGUAGCAAGAAGGUAGAGGAAGAGCAGAGUUCAAGGGCACCCUUGACCACACAGUAAGCUUUUGGCUAGAUUGGACUGGGACCCUCUCAGGAAAGUUUUCAUUUUGGUUCUUAUAAUCAGUGUGUUUACAAAUGAAGAAUCAGGACUCAGAGCUGCAAAGCCGAUGUCCGAGGCUAGCAGCUAAGGGAGUCCCUCUAUUUGCUUAUUCCCUAGCCCUGUAUGGGAAGCCCACUGCCCACCGCGCCCGUGUGGGAGUGUUCACAGACACAGAGGCUCUUGUUAACUCGUUUUUGUAUUUUGUAGACAGGGUCUCACUGUGUAGUCUGGCUGUCCUGGAACUCACUCUGUAGACCAGGCUGGAGAACUCACAGAGAUCCUCCUGCGUGCCGAGAUUAAAGGUGUGCGCCACUUCCCCUGGCUUUUUAUUAACCUUUUAUUGUUACAGUUUUCUUUUAGCAAUUCAAAUACCAAGUAAAGUUUUUCAUUACA